GGGAAGCAGCGCAGAUUAGCUUGCCGUGUCUUGUGCCGACUAUAUUUAUAGUUUGCCGCUGAGAUCCACCGCCCGGCAGAUAUUUGUAUCACAAAAAGCCUGUUUCAUUUUCUCUGCAAGAGCUAGAAUUAAGUCAGACCGCAUUUAGUAACAGAAAGCCAUACAUUUUCGAGGAGGAUAGCGUUACACCUUGUGAACGCUAAACCAGUUAAGAUCAGCUAAUUAGCUAGCAAGAGUUUGCUUGUUCGGCGGCUCACAGGAUGUCGUACAGGAAAACUUUGAAACUUAUUUGUGGGUUCGCGGGGGGCUCUGCAGUCCUAGUGUUAGCAGGCGCCGCUGCCGACUCCCGCGGAUACUUCGGUGAGCAGCGUGGAGAGGCGACCAGCCGGUGGUCGAGGUUUAACGUCCUUCAAGCUGCGCAGCCAGCUUCCAGCCACACACCAGCCCCGACCGGACACUCCUGGGACUUCAACUGGGAUAAGAGGGACCCAUCCUCACUGUCCAAUGGGAAGAAGAAAGAAGCUGCCUCUGAAGACCCCAGCUCCGAGCAGGACAACGGCAAGCCAAAAGCCACACGCAACAUCCUCCUCAUCAGGCACUCCCAGUACAACCUGAGCGGAAACAGCGACAAGGAGAGGAUCCUCACUCCUUUAGGUCGUGAGCAGGCCGAGCUGACGGGCAAGAGGUUGGCAGCGUUGGGACUGAAGUAUGAUGUUCUGAUCCACUCCAGCAUGGCCAGGGCUACAGAGACUGCACACAUCAUCAGCAAACACCUCCCAGGUCCAGGAGUGGAGCUGUUGAGCUGUGAUCUGCUGAGAGAGGGCGCGCCUAUCGAGCCGGUUCCACCUGUCACUCACUGGAAGCCUGAUGCUGUGCAGUACCACGAAGACGGAGCCCGCAUUGAGGCAGCCUUCCGCCGCUACAUCCACCGGGCUGACCCCAAGCAGAAGGAGGACAGCUACGAGAUCAUCGUGUGUCAUGCCAAUGUCAUCCGCUAUUUUGUCUGCAGGGCUCUGCAGUUUCCUCCUGAGGGCUGGUUACGUAUGGGCUUGAACAACGGCAGCAUCACGUGGCUCACCAUCCGCCCUAGCGGCAGGGUGGCGCUCAGAACUCUGGGUGACGCGGGAUUCAUGCCCCCGGACAAACUAACACGGACCUGAUGGGCCGACGCUCCGCAGGUUUCUGGGACUCACUCAGUUGGUCGCAGGGUCAAAGCUCAGCUUUCUCCUUAAGUGUCUUCAGAAUAACUGUCAUUAUUUUGUAAUUGAACUACCGUCGUCACGAGAGACUCUGUGGUUGUGAUUACUUCCGUGCCAUAGAAUGCCAGCAGAGGUGAUUCAGAGCUGCAUAGCAACUCCUCCUGAAUGUAACAGGAUUUUUACAAGUGACUGACUUUUAAACCAAAUUAAGUUGUAUUUAUAAAGCCAUUGUAAAUGCAGAUCUUGCUCUCAGUUUUACAUGUGUUGUUACAGUGUGCUGAAGUAAGGAUUAUGUGUUGUAUGGUGCAGCAGUAGUAAAUAAAAUGAUGAUUGCCUCAAUUUCUCAUAUUUCUUUCCUGAAAUAAAUUGAAAUCGCUCCAAAAAAAAAGCACAGACAUACUGGCAGUAAAGUAGGAGUGGUGUUUUAUUGAUUAGUUGAA